CGAGCGCGUGCCGCCGGUCGAGCGUAGGUUAAGAUUCCAAGAUAUCGGUGCGUAGGGUGCGAUAUCUUUGCCUCGACGAGGCCAAUUGUACACGUGGCGCGUUGGCGCCAAUCUUUUCAAAUCGGCCAGAAUCUAAUUACACUUUGCGCAGCAGCUCGUGGCUUGGUCACAAAAAACGGAUGCGCGGAGAGAGCGGACGGUAGACCCGGGCGCGAACAUGGCACACCUCUCUCGGCUCCCACCCGCUCGGGAGGCCGAAGCAGCCUUGAAGAUUUGCCCCGAGACGCGGGGGGUUUCGAAGGCGCUUCUGCUGACGUCAACAACACCACCGUUUUGCAACUUGGCCCGGAAGAAGCUCGGCGAAGGAGGCUUUGCUGAGGUGUUGUUGGGCUUUCGGCGGCUUGCAACGCGGCGGCGCGGAUCGGACGCGACCUCCCGGACGCUCGGGGUCCAAGACCUCGCGAGCUUCCACCGUCCUCUGCAUGAGUUACCCUCUUCUACCCCCCGAAAAAUUCAUCGGGAACGCAGUCGACCGGAACACCGAUGCCACAGCCCCUGCCCGACCGCCAGAACCUCGCGUCGCGCCAGCUGCCCCGCGAGCUUACUCGGACAAAGCAAAAACUUCUACAAGUACUUUGAAGAGGUUGCGAUCAAGGUCACGCAGCGAGCGAUCACCGGCGAAGAAAAGCCGCUCUCGCCCACAAGGAAUGCACCCAUAGAAGCUGAGCGCGGUUCGACACGGAUCGCAGGCGACGCACGAGCCGCACCAGCGCAAGAACAAAGCGCGGCCCCCGCGGGUGCCGUAAUCGAAAAUGUUGUCGCCUCGGCCGCCGGAGUGCCAUCGGCACGAGCAAGUUGCGAGGACGGGUGCUUCGGAGUGGUUCUGCAAAUCCUUUCCGCACUGCAAACCGAAAAUCGCCACAACAAGACAGCCGGGGCAGCCGCAGAAAGGCCCGGAGCGCGAAAUUUGCAACCUAGUCGUAGCCCCGGCAUUUCCCAAGCCGUAGACGCGCGCGCCCAGCAAAGCGAGCGGCUAGAACAGAGGAACCUGGAGAUCCUUAUGCAAGCGACAGCAAAGAAAUAGAGAUCGGGGCGUUGGAGCAAGGAACUCGAACUACUUGCACUGCUUCGCGUACAUAUCUGCAUGGGAAGGUCUGAAUGGACUUUGCAGCCACAGUGUAAUCCUCACAGCCAGUCUCCCUAGCUGCUUGCAAAUAAGCUGCCAUAUCGCGACUAUGUUCUGCAAAAAAAGCGAAAGAUGCGCAUUAAGGCUAGAAUCAGUUUCUUUGUCCAACGACUCAGACGGGUUUUGUCCUCCCCCGGGAUACGGUUGCGCAAGAUCCAGCAACGGCCGCAUCCCAACGUCGUGACGUUUUACGGAAGCUUCGAUCACCGCUCACAGCGCUACCUCGCGCUGGGUUUGCUGAAGUUUGACCUGAGUGUCUUCUUCGACGGGAUCCUGCAGCGGUGCAAGGUGCGAGACUUGGAUAGACUUUUCUUCCAGAGCCAACUGCACGGCAGCGAAAAUUCUGGCAAGCCCGGCGUUGCUGGAAGUAGUGGUGACUUCAGGAUGGUUGCGAAAGCAGACGAAACGCGGCAGAAGAGAGGACUGAAAAGAAAGCAAUCAGAGUCCAGUCUUGUGACCAACAACGGCCCAGGGGAAAGCAUCGUGCGCGAACUGUUCAACCAGCUUGUCCGGGGAGUGCAUCACCUCCACGACGCGUUGAAGGUUGUAUCCUGGGAGAUGAGGACGCUCGUGACUAUGAAUGCUUCAUCAGAUGAAAAUAACGCUUGUCUACUUUCGAUCAUGCAAAGACAGACGCAAGAACUUAUGUCGCUGAAAACGUUUGUCGUGAUUAUGUUGUUGCUGUUGGAGAACUCAUGCAGAAUUUCUGUCCAAAAUGAUAAGUACUUUUGACAGGAAAUAUGCGACGGAGAUACAUAGGUGGUCACGAGUGUACUAGUCUCGUUCUUGAUAGUGCGCGCAUCUGGAUCUGAAGCUCGAGAACCUGAUGCUUGCGGAGGUGCCACAGGUUUACUGGGAAAAGAAUCGUAUGAUUGAGGAGCUCAUCCGGUUUUCGAAGGAACAACAAACCGAAUUUUCUGAGCCACCCCGAUCGACGAGUGCCAGCCAUACGACGGCGAGUAAAAGCAAUAUCGCUACUACUUGUACCGCGGAAACGAGUUACAAGCUGAACAACAACUCCGAAUUCGUACCGAGCGCGGCGACGUGCGCGCAGCAACACGAGCACGACUGGAAGAUAUUCUCGCACGCCCGGUCGGCGAAACCACCCUUCUUGCUGAAGAUCAUCGACUUUGGCAUCAGCUUAUGCUUGGCAGAGGUAGAAGUUGUAUCGCAAGUCCAAAGGAUUUUUCCCAUACAAAAACACGGACUUCAAAAUGCAUGACAAUCAACAUGGUGAAAAAUAAUUGGAAUUUACUGUGCUCUACAAAGGCUGAGCGCUAAAACUCGUAAUCGAUGCAGAACCAAAACUGCGAUGUACUUUUGCGUAGCAUACAGCUUGCCCUUCGGCGAUGAGGCAGUGGUGCGGUCGGACCGCAUUCCGCUCGGGACCCGCGAGUAUCGACCGCCGGAGCUGCACUGGAAGAAGGUGCGGGAGCAGACAAAGAUCGACGUCCGGAAAGUGGACUGGUUCGCGUGCGGAGUGGUGUUGUUCAAGAUGAAGUUUCUGGGGAGCAACGGCGGCUUUUCGACCAAGCACCGUUUUCGGGAAAUCGUGGUCGAUCACCGAGAAAACAGCCGAAUCUUGGUCCACUCCCAGACCGCGAAUGGGGAGACCAUCGGCCUGGAGGAGUUUCUGGACACGCACAACUGUGUAUGGCAUGUGCACUUAACAUGCUUUUGCGCCCCUCGCAUUCAAGUUGCAGAAAAGAGCUGCUGUACUUACGCAUGGAAGCGUGUAGCGGAUGGCGAUGCAAGCAUGCACAGAAGCAGUGCUGUAGAAAUCUCAACCUACGGGAGCAGGUAUUAAGAUGGUUUAUGUGUUGUGAAGAUCCCCCCGAUCCCGGCAGGAUUAAUUUGCAGCACCGCAACUGCAUCAACGGAGCGCCGUCUUUAUGCGACAAAUUUGGGAAGGGGAGCAUGAUUUAAUUGCAUACUGCGGCAGCGAUUUCGCCCGGCUGAUUUCCGGAUUGCUCGACCGCGAUUGGCAAAAGCGUUUCGGGUUCCGGGACCUCGCCUGCGACCCGUGGCUGCACGCGUUGUAGCGGGUGCGCCACUUGUUCUUCGCGGACUUGUUCUAGUUGCACCUGCCCGGUAGUAACUACACAGGCGUGCUGGUGCGCUGCUCCGUACUUCGCGGGCUCUGGUUUUGCGUAUUGACGAAUUUUUGAAGGAAGAACGAAUUGCUGUGGCCUCUCUAUGUGCUGUAGCUGUCAUAUCAAUGAAGUAGUACCACCAACAUCUUCAACAUCGUGUAAAAUAUUUUUUGUGCACCAGGCGCACGACACGUCAGGUCAACACACUGUU